UAAAACCGCGGGGAGGGGGGAGAGACCGCGAUUUGUUGUGGAGGACUGGCAGGAGAAAGCGUCUUUUUGCAAAGUAUAGUAGAGGAAGGCUGACAUUCACUCUCAUCACAUUUGGGGAGACUGUGAGCACGCGGCAAUUGCCUUGGGAAGAUCUGCUCCUGAGAUUGCAACUGGAAAUGGGGGUGGUCAGGGGAGAGAUUUCCGACUCCAGCCACGGUCCGAGGGCGCCUGUGCGGGGCGUAAGGCGCGCGUUCACGCAGCAGCCGCUGUAAAAGGAGGGAGCGGCGGGGACGAGACGUGCUUCCAAAGUGAGCCCGGAAUUCAACCGGGAGAAAGUCCCCGGUUAGGCACGAGGGCACAUCGCGCGCUAUUCUAAGCGCUGAAAAGGAGGGGAUGGGCUCCCUGUCGAGGGAAGCCCGAGGGGCGCGCGCGCGCGCGGUUGAAAAGCCGCCUGGCUUCUGCUUUCUGAGGGAAUAGAAGUUGCCUCAAAGCAACCGAAGGGACGAGCGAGGGAAGAGGUGCCCACCGCUGCCGGCUACCGGGGCAACCUCCAACCGCCGGCCCUGAGGGAGCUGCUGGGCAGGCUUGCAGCAGCUGCUGCUGCGCGCGCGCGCGGCUGGGACUGGGGGGGAGGGGGGGAGGGGGCGUGCGGAGAUAGCACUCAUCCCGCGCUGCCAUUGCCCGGGCGGCUGUCACUCAGCGGCAAAGAGGCUGGGAUUGGCGCUGGACUUGGUUACGCAUUUGCCUUGCGCUCACAUACAUGGGCAGGGCAGUAGAAAGGUGAUCAAUCUUCAUCAGGCUACAUUUCCAAUCACCUAAACAACUGGGCGAGACAGCGACCUCGACAAGAGCGCUGCGAGAGGUUCUCCUGCCCCUGUGAUUUCCUUCAGCCACCUCUUUGGAAGAAUCAAUCUUUUAAAUAAUUCUUUAAAAAAAACAACAGGAAUUUUAAGACAUAACGUUAAAAAAAAUCUUCUUAAAUUGUGCGCAGAUAAAUAGGGAAAAAUAUUUCCGGCUUUUAGCAUGAUGUCUUACCUCAAACAGCCCCCCUAUGGCAUGAAUGGGCUGGGGCUGGCGGGACCUGCAAUGGAUCUUCUGCACCCUUCUGUGGGGUAUCCAGCCACCCCUCGGAAGCAGCGGCGAGAACGCACCACCUUCACCCGCUCGCAGCUGGAUGUGUUGGAGGCACUUUUUGCAAAAACUCGCUAUCCAGACAUAUUCAUGAGAGAAGAAGUGGCGCUGAAGAUCAAUCUGCCGGAGUCGAGAGUCCAGGUCUGGUUCAAGAACCGCCGCGCCAAGUGCCGCCAGCAGCAGCAGAGCGGCAGCGGCGCCAAGAGCCGGCCCGCCAAGAAAAAGUCUUCCCCGGCGCGCGAGAGCUCCGGCUCCGAAAGCAGCGGCCAGUUCACGCCGCCCGCCGCCUCCAGCUCCGCCUCCUCCUCUUCCUCCAGCUCGAACUCCUCGGGCCCGGCGAGUGGCGGAGCGGCCUUGAGCAACGCUUCGAGCGGCGGUGCCGGAGCUGGGCCAGCCUCAUCCGCCGCCUCCCUGAGCAGCGCGCCCUCGGCGGUGGCGCCCUCGUCCAUCUGGAGCCCCGCGUCGAUCUCACCCAGCGCCGUGCCGGAGCCCUUAGCGCCCAGCGGCACCUCGUGCAUGCAGCGCUCCGUCUCCGGCGCUUCGUCUGCCUCUUACCCGAUGUCCUACGGGCAGGGCAGUGGCUACGGGCAAGGCUACCCAGCGCCGCCGCCCCCGCCCUCCUCCUCCUACUUCAGCGGCGUGGAUUGUGGCUCCUACUUGCCCAUGCACGCGCACCCGCACCAGCUCAGCCCCAUGGCUCCUUCUUCCAUGGCAGGCGCGCACCCGCACACCCACCACCCGCUCGGGCAGGGCUCCAGUCACCACCACCACCACCACCACCAUCACCACCACCAGCCGGGCUACGGGAGCACCGGACUGGCCUUCAACUCUUCCGACUGUCUGGACUACAAGGAGCCGACCCCAGCCGCAGCCUCUUCCUGGAAGCUGAACUUCAACUCCCCCGACUGCCUAGACUACAAAGACCAGGCCUCUUGGCGCUUCCAAGUGCUGUGAGGCCGCGGGCAGAAAGUAAGGCAAAGGCGGAAGCCAGCUUGGUCGGUCUCCCUCAGCAUCCACAGUCCCGCCAGCACCCUUGGGACAGUCUCUCUUUACUCAAACCCAGCACCCUGUUCAGCUCUCCACCAAGCGCCUCCCCCCCAACUGUUCUUCUCAUUCAGACCAGAUCAUCGUUAUUUUUUUUAAUUUAAAGAAAAGGAAAGAAAAAUGUAAGCAGCCUGUCCAAAUAACAAACCCAUUUCCCAGCUCCUUCCUGUAACCAAAUAGUGGCUAAAGGCUGCUGAAUCAGGCCUGCUCCUGUUGCUGCUGCUUAACACUUUUUGGCCUCUUUCAUAUCAGCUCGACUCCUGGGGUGUUAUUUAUUGGCUCUCUGGGAUUAUGUUCCAUGUUGUACUUAUUAUUUUUAAGCAAAACAGAAGAGGACUUCAGAUCCAGAUUCGUUCUCCUUUUCACAAAGAUGCUGUCCUUGGAUGCACACAAGAUCCAUCCUUUUCCCGCAGCCAUAUUGCUGUAUGCUUGGUAAGGCUUACUCGUGGUCCAUGGAAAAAUGGGAGAGGAGGAAGCGCCUUUUGCUUUCAGGCCGACUUCAGACUUCUGUGUAUAGCUCUUAACCCCAUCCACUCAUCUCCUUUGGAGACUCUUCCCCCCCCCCCGUUCUCUCCAUAGGGUUGUAUUGCAAAAGCGGCAGGAAUUGUGUAUAUAGUGUAUUGUUAGGUCUGUUCCAGCGGCCCUUUUUAUUUUUAGUUGACUAACUGAGGUGAAGGCGAACCCUGAGCCUAACAUGCAGGCAACCGAAGGAGCCACACAUCUCUCUCCCCCUCUCCUCAAGGUCCCCUUGUAACCUUUUCUUGUAGCUGUUUGUUGGGAGAGGGGAAGAGUAAGGUAUCUCUAAGUGGGAAAGAGUGGGAUGCCCAGUUUGGAAAGAGAGGGUGAGGAAAAGCAGCAUUUUUGAGGGUGGGGAGGUAAAAUGAGGUGAAAGGCAAACCGAUGGGGAUUGGGAUGGCCUUGACCCUCUUUACAUCAGCGCUGGUUUCUUCCUCUAGUGCAGCCCUGGCUGCACACAUCCCAGGCAUUUGAUCAUCUGUCUCCAAAAAUGUUUUUGGUCUGCUUAUUCUUGGAAAGAGAGGGGGAAAGACAGAGAGAGGGGGGGGGAAAUGUAAUGUUGAUUAUUUACCCCAUUAAUCCAGCAGUCACCUGUUGAAAUGUAAGGCAAAUCCUUCCCCUUUACCUACAUAUCCCUAUAAUAAAAUUCAAACGAAUAAAA